GAGGAAGGAAAACGCCCCACUACACCGCAUAAUGUAAAUCUGUAGAGCACAUCCGAUUGCAAUAGUGUCAUGUACAAAGGCACAACGGUAAUUAGAAUAACAGAAAGGACAAGGAACAAGAUUCCGGUGGGCGAGAAACGGUUCAAAUGGGCAUGCAUGACUCUCGUUCCCCGUCCGGAGUCCGUGCUGCAGCGACUACUUGUGCUGAGCGCAAGGGUCUGGUGCAAUAUGAUAGACGUCCUCAUCCCAAGACAACCACAAGUUAGAUGUCCCAUAUUGCUCGCUCCUUUAGACCAUGACGAACACUGCGUCAAGAGAGCUCAUUCGGGCCAUUAAGGACGUUCCGCUCACCUGCUGGAUCCUCGCCGUGGGUGGCGCCUGGAUUGCGAGUAAAUUUGUCCAGAUCAUUCAAACGGCAUAUUUCAGUCCUCUUCACAAGGUUCCUGGUCCCUGGUAUGCACGCUUGACAAGCGCUCGGCUUGCCUGGGCAUCAUUUGCCAACAAUCGCAUUUAUUAUGUGCAAUCCCUCCACGAUACGUAUGGACCUAUUGUGCUCAUCGGCCCCGAGGAGAUCGACAUAGCCGAUCCCGUGGCUGCUAAACAAAUCCACCGUAUGGGCUCGGGGUUCGUCAAAGCUCCCUUUUACAAGCUGCUCUCCCCCGGUCCGGUUGAUAACAUCUUCAAUUUCCGCGAUGCCAAGCUGCACAGCACCCGACGCAGGCUGUAUGCUAGGGGCUUCACUUUGAAUAGUUUGCGGCAAUUGUGGGAGCCGACGAUUCGCACCAUUGUUGCGCUGACUGUGGAGAAAAUUCGCCAGGACGCGCAGCAGGGCGAAGCGGAAAUCCUAGGUUGGUGGACUUUGAUGGCCAACGAGACUGUGUGCAGAUUGACCUUCAAUGGCGGACAUGAUACGGUGCGCAAUGGAACCAAGGAUCCCUUCGUCCUAAUGCUGGAACGUCGCAUGGGCGACCUAGCGCAUCUGCUACAGCAUUUCGCCCCACCGCUGUACUAUCUAGGUCGCCUGCUUGGACGCGGGGUGCCCCGGCUACACGACAUCUUCUUCUCGCAGGAGACGAUGUUUGAAGCAGGAAAGGGUGUCGUGGCAAUUGCCCGCGGUGCACGCGAUGCCGACGGAGACCGGAAUCUGUUCGUCAAAGCCCUGGCCGCAGGUGAUUUGGAGAGCAAGAUCGGCGGCCUCAAUGACACGGAAAUCAUCACCGAUGCCGGGGCGUUGCUGCUGGCUGGAUCGGACCCCACUGCAUUAUCUCUGACAUUUCUCAUCUGGUGUGUGCUGAAUCGCCCCCAACUGCAGGUUGAUCUUGAGUCUGAAGUUGCGGGACUGCAGGGGGAUAUCACCGAUGCUGCCUGUGCAGACCUGCCAAUCCUCAAUGCCGUGAUACAUGAAAGUCUCCGUUUGUAUGGACCGGCCCCUGGGCCGAUGCCUCGCAGUCCGCCCUCAGACGGUGCCACCCUGUGUGGGUAUUACAUCCCUCCUUCGGCCGUGGUCGUUACGCAGAACUGGAGCCUCCACGGGAAUCCAAAGGUGUGGAAAGACCCUCAUACGUUUGACCACACGCGGUGGCUGCCGGGAACGUCGCUAUCAGAAGAGGCGAAGAUGUCAUUCAAUCCCUUCGGCCAGGGGGCACGUCAAUGUCUAGGCAUUCAUCUUGGCUGGAUGCAGCUGCGUCUCGCUACGGCCUCAUUUUUCCGUCGCUGCCCAGGAGCCAAAUUGGCACCUUCCACUACUCCGGAGAGCAUGGUCAUGAUCGAUAGUUUCAUUGCCGGUAUGCCCAAGGCGCGGCGCUGUGCGAUUCAGUUGUAGUGUUUAUGUUGGAUGGCGGAUGGGUUGAGGGAGCAUGGGAACAUUUCGAUUUUCAAAGCGCUACGUUGAAUAAAGCUCUGCUAGAUAGUACACGGACAAACUCUAUUAUGUGUGGGAUGUUCACACUGGAACCAAAAUGGUAUUACUAGCAGUUGGUUCGAUGGUGCGGCUGCCACUAGGGAAUUGUAACCUAGUACAACUUAUGACAUCUGUAUUUGCCUUGACUAGGAUAUGACUUUCAAACCUUCACAAACCAAAAUAGGACCCGUUUAC